UUACGGCGUCGCAAAAAGCCGGCUGGGGGCGGGGCGGCUCCUUUCGGCCGAGCUGGCGCAGCCGGUGCCCCCGCCGGCCCACCAUGUACUACAAGUUCAGCGGCUUCGCGCAGCGCCUCGUCGGGGCCACGGCGGCCGCCGCCUACACCCCACAGGGACUCAAACCAUUAGUUCCCACUGAAUCCCCAGCUCUGAUUUUUGGGACAAGUAAACCUCCUUCAGAUUUACCAGCAGCUGAGUCUUUCUUGGGUAAAAACAAGGUGCCAGACCUACAGAAAGUUUUUCAGAGAUCAGAUGGGCUACCAGUACACCUGAAGCGAGGAGUUCCAGAUAAGAUGCUCUAUCGGACCACGAUGGCUCUGACAAUAGGAGGAACUAUCUACUGUCUGGUAGCACUGUACAUUGCCUCACAGCCAAAAAAUAAAUGAGCCACACCUCAUGGGACUCGCAGCACUCCUCUGACAGAUCUCCUGCGUGUACCUCUUUGCACUUAAAUCUGUUCCCUGUAAUCACAUAGGGUUCAUUAUUCAGAUCAGAUUUCUUGGAGAAAAUGUUUUUAAAUCGGUUGCCUUAUGUGUUCUGAAAAACCCAUAUAAACAGAGAAAUACACAAUUUUAACAUA